CUGGCAGCAGCGAGUGGCUGUCAUGGAACCCACUUUCAAGAGACCAUCGUGCAUUGUUGACCUUGUGAGAGUUGGUCAAAUGGUUUAAAAUCAUGAACUCUGACCUUUGGGAGACUGUCUUGGUGGCCAAGCUGGAGAAACACAGAAAUCUGUUUCUCAAUUACCGGAAUUUGCAUAAAUUUCCCCAGGAGUUAUUGAAAGAUGAUGGCUUGCAAUACUUGGAACGCUUGUACAUGAAGAGGAAUUCACUAAUAACACUGCCAGAAAAUCUUGCACAGAAACUUCCAAACCUCAUUGAAUUAUACUUGCAUUCGAAUAAUAUAAUAGUUAUUCCUGAAGCCAUUGGUGCCCUGGUUAAGCUUCAAUCCCUGGAUCUUACGAACAAUGCAUUGGAAAUUCUCUGCCCUGAAAUUGGUCAGUUGAGAGCUCUUCGGCACUUGCGUCUAGCCAAUAACCAGCUCAAGUUCUUACCACCAGAAAUCGGAGAUCUGAGGGAACUGCGAACUCUUGACGUCUCAACCAAUUGCUUGACUGCGUUGCCAGAGAGGCUUCAUUUAUGCUUUUCUCUGCAGUAUUUGACGGCUGAUCUGAACAACCUUGAAGUUUUACCCAGACAGAUUUGCUUGCUUCCCAACUUGAACGAACUCUCUGUAGCUGGCAACAGUUUGAAAUGUUUACCGUUAGACCUAGGACGUUCGCCAGAGCUACAAUAUAUUUAUGUAGAUAACAAUUUGCAACUGUACGGACUGCCAUCUUAUCUAUACAACAAAGUUCUUGGCUGUAGUGGUUGUGGUUCCUCUGUGCAUGAACAGCCAAGCAUUAUACCAGAUGAAGUCCUGGAAAUAGGGACAGGAAGUAACAUUGUGCUGCCACUUCAAGAAAUGGUCAUGAGGACAAUUCACACUUUUUACAGCGCAUCUGAGAAAGGUCUGGACCUCCUGUCCCCAAUCUCAUUACCUAGGAAUUUGUACAAGUUACUAUUCUACCCACUGGGACACUGUCAUCGCUGCAGCCAGGCUAUGUUUACCAUCGUCUAUCCUAAAUAUUUUCCCCUGAGAGAGACCCCUAUGGCUGGCUUGCAUAAUGGGAGGACCCAGGUAAGCUACGUAGCAUACUGCUGUUCCAUUAAGUGCCGAGAGGAUUUUGAUCUGCUAAGCUGAUCAGUUGCUUGAUGAAGACUGAGCUUCUGCCUGUAUUUGGAAGAGUUCUUCAAAGGUUGGAGCAGUUGAUGAAUAAAAAGGUUGUACGAAAUAUUCCAAAGUUGAUUCUGUGGGAAGAUUCAGCAAGACCGAUUGCACUAACCCUGCAUAAAAUGUUUACAGCUCCCUUCUGAUUCACUCUGGAAGCUGUUACAAAUCAGAAUUUUUCUGGGGGGGUGUCGGCUUUUGGAGAAGAUGCCUGAACUUAAGACUUCUGUGACUGUAUCGCAGUUUUUGAAACGUCAUGACAUGGCAUGCAUUCAAAGUUUGUUAUCUUGGACAGAAAGUGAUUGUAAGUUCAAGAACAAAACAAAAAUAAACCCAAACCUACUUUUUCAUAACAAGUC